AAUGUCAGGAAAAGGUAAAUUUGUUUGUAGCGAAAAUAUAAAUAGGCCUGAACUCGUAGAUUACAUCCAUCCGAAAACUUGUCAAGACAUAUCGAAUGUUAAAUUUAUUCAUAUUCAAGUCUAUUGUUAUUUCUAUGAUGAUGAAUUUUCCGUUGAACUCUUAUUAAAUAGAUUUGUUCAAUUAAUUGAAGUGUUCUAUUGUGUCAAGGCAAACAUUAAGUUCAAAGGUCGAGUUGGUUACGAAAGAGAUUUUCUCGUUAUUUUACACGAGACACUUCGUCUUCCAUGCGGUUUACAAGUGUUAGGCAAUUUGAAUAUCACUAUUGUCAAUAAAAGAUUUACUUUAUGGGCUGAAGAAGUGGUCGGAAAAUUGAAAGAUCAAUCCCGAUUGGUUGAAUUAAAUAUCCGUGACAUAACAGAAGCUUCCCAUUGCGAAGGUGUUCAAAGCACUGCCGCCGAGAAAUUUCACAUUACAUUUAAUAAUAACGACUACCUUAAUGGUAGGAAUAGAUUAGCUAUCUACACAAACUUAAUAAGUAGGUCGUACGAAGAUUCAUUAAAUAAAUAUGGAACAUUAAGAUUUGCAAACGAAGCUCAUCUACUCCUCGAUCUUACGAAUACAGACGACGUGUUAACAGCUUUGCAAACGGGUAGGGUCACAAAAAAUACUCGUAAUAUUGCAUACGUAAAGAUUAUAGAUGUCUCUACUAAUCCAAUAGGUAAAUGGAAAGCUCAGAGAUUUUUAUUUAAAAGUUGCGCUCAAGUGGCUCUACUCUACGAUUUAGAAAGAAUAAAAAAGGCAGGUUCGAGUGUAGGUUUUCUUGUCAAUUGUCCCUUGGAUAAAAGUCAUCCGUUAAAAUAUGCGGAAUUUGAAGUAGGCGAUGGUUCUAAGAUAUUCGGUACUUGUUGUUCAGGUUUGAAUAUAUUAUCAAAGGAUGAAGGUAUUAUUAAAAAAUGUGUGACGAAGCAUAAAAAACGAUUAGAAAUACUUAAAAACAAAGUUUGUCUGGGAAGUGGUGAAUAUUUAUAUGAAUUAUUAUAA